ACAGUACACAGUCGCUCAAAAAAUACGUGAAACUCUCGUAUCGUGCAGUUUUUCAUUUGUGUUAACGUUUUUUGUUGUUUUUAAAGUUCGUCGGUUAUUACAUUAAUAAAUGAAACAUUAUCAUUGAGUGUUUCCAUUGUUUUCAUUGAUGCCUGGGAUAUAAAACGUUCGUGUGUAAAUAAACAAAUACUAUAGUGUUAUAAAAGUUGUUAAGAUUCAAUAAAAUGUCCACAUAAACAUGGAAUCAACUUCGGUAUCUGUAAAUAUCGACCCUACCUCUAUAGAAGCGCCAGUUAUAUCUUCGAAUGACUCCAAAAUAUUUAAUGAUAGUGGUGGAGAAAAUGACGGCGAUACCACCAUCCAUGCUUUCAAUAUGUCUACAUCACAGUUUCACAUCACUGUUGUGGAAAACCCCGCACUAAAGAAAUCUUCACAGUGUGAAGGCAGUGAUAGCGGGGUAGAGGUAGUAGAAAAUGUCGAAAAUCAGGAUCCUGUCGUGUACCAACGUAAUAUAAGCUCUAAUAGUGGCAUGUCACAGGAUUACGAUAAUAUAAAUAGUGCCCGAUCGUGCGAUUCUUCGAUUAUAAGUUGCUAUGACGAAGCGUACAAUAUCCUCGUUCGGAAAAAUUCAACUUUACUGGAGGAUUAUCGAAGACAUGAAGACGUUACCAGCGAAAAUGGUAGUGAAAGUUCUUCGUUAAGUGGAUCAAACGUACGAACAAAUAGAAGAACCUCUGUAAACAAUUCAAAAAAGAAAACACCAACAGUUGACUCGAGAACUAAAACUUCUUGUAGAAAAGAACGGUCUAGUACAAAACCUCCGUUAACCCCUAGACCGUCUACAGGGCCCAUACGAAUCAAAUCUGUCGAUAGGUUACAGGCCAAACCUUCUCCAAGUACAAAAACUAAUCAAAGGACCAAAACUAUUCCUACGAAUUUAGAUCUUAAGCGGGAACCCAAAAGAGUAUCAUCUGCUGCAGUGCGCACGUCUUCAACAAGUAGAACACCUACAUCUGGCCAUAAUGACGACGGCAGGUGGCCAUCUAUUAAUAGUAAACCAGCACCACUAAUGUCCAGAUCGUUGAAAGGAUCUAUAGAUUGCACCAAGCAAAAAAUUUCGCCAUUGGAUACUAAGACUAUAGAAAAGUAUGCUACACUUCCAAGGCCGAAAAAAGACAAGAAUAUCGAUGAAAACAAGGACGUGAAAAAAUCUAGUAGGGAGAACACACUUCAUCGCUUAGCUCUAACUAAACAAACUUCUCGUGAAAGCACACCUUCGAAACUGAUGACAAGCUCUUUGUAUAUACCUAAAAGUAAAACGAAAACUAAGAUAUACCACGAAAACGGUGUUCAGACAGCCUUAACAAUUACCGACAUAGAAAACGCUUUAGCCGGAGUUGCAAUAAAUGCCAAAAAUCCACACGAUUCCGAAACUAGCGACAAAGAUCUCCAGGUUGACACUAUUAGCGCAGAUAUGAAUAAAUUGAAGGAAAGAUUAGAAGCGAUAACUGAAAAAUACGAGGCGUUACAAAAAGACUACAAAUCACAGACUGAAAAACUUAAAGAGACUGAGGAAAAGUUAAGGGAAGAAGUUAUUGAAAAGAACGGUUUGCGGGAGGAAUUAGAGAACAAUUCGCAAAGAGUUAUGGCCAUUUUGGGAACAGAUACCACUGAUGAUUCAGAAUCAAAUCACAACGACAGCCUUCUAGUCCUAGAAACCAAAUUCCAAAACGUUGGCGAAGUCGUUAUCCGACAAGAAGAAGAAAUAUCCAAACUAAACGCACUAUGCCGAACGCUGCAGAUGGAUUUGGAAAAGAACAUCGCCAUACAAAGGACGCUGGUUCAACAACAAAAAGAUUUAGAGUUGGAAAGUUUGGAACUGCAGGACUUCAUGCAGGCAGAGAAAACAACACUUCACGACGCAUUGAAGGAAUCUGAGGCUGAAGUUCAAAGACAACAUGUUUUGAUAAAGAGUAAGAAUAAGGAGCUGGCGGCGAAACAGGAGGAAAUUACUAGAUUAAUGAAACAGAGUGACCAGAAAAGACAGGAAAAUAUGAGUCUUCAAGCACGAUUGGGAGUAUUAGAAACAAAAAGCCGAGAACUUUUGGUCCAUCAAGGAAGUUCGGUGUCAGGAGCAGCUGUAGCUUUGUCGGCUCUAAUAGGAAGGUUGGACGGUCUUGUGGAAGAACUAGUGGCUGCUUAUAGUAUUUCCGACCAGGAAUUAGAGGAUGUUAUCUUUCAUAAUGAGGCUUACAAGAAUAGCAGCAGCAGUCCUGAAUCCACACCAGAAAAAGCAAGGAAGAUUUUCAUCGACAAAACUCCUUCUCCAUCAAAGGGUUCUUCUUUCGUAUCAGCUGUCAUUAAUGCCAUUAAAAGUGCUGCUCAGUCACCAUUUGCACUACGAGAUGUGAGCAAGGAUACUUUAUCUACAGAUCAUUCCAGUUCAAAUGAAAUGUUGGACUCAGAAACCGAACCAUGUCUAAUGAUGGAGCACGUCCUCGAAGACGUAAUUAUUCCUGACGGUCAUUCUCAGAAUCUGAUCUCUUCCGGUCACGGUAGCAUGAUGAGUUCCCGACUGACGCACAGCGAAAGUUUGAAAGAUGUUUCUCAGACUAUUCUGAGUCGCCAAAUGUCUGAACCGACAAGUAUGAGUUUCUAUGGAAGUCUCAACACUUCGUACACUAGCGAUUUGGUUUCGUUGAACGAAUUUUUUCCUUCCAUAUCGCUUGUGGAUCAAGUUAUUGACGUUGAUAAUCUUAUUACAAGAUUGUUGAAAGUGAUUCGAAUAAUACAAAUGGAGAACGAAGACUGCAUGAAUGAACUGCAAGAACAGAGGGAUAAUCUGUUGGAGCAAGUUGAUAAACAAAAAGAGACGAACAAAGUGGUUGUGAAACAACUGAAAGAUUGGGAGGUUCUUGGAGCCAGACUGAAGAGUGAAGUAAAGGAACUGAUGGCUCAAAUGGCCAAGAAGAAUACCGAGAUGGAUAACUUGAAAGGAGAGCUGAACAAACAAAGGGAAGAGGUCGAGAAAUUAAACCAAGAUGUUUGUGAGUUAUCAACAGCUCUUUCUAAAGCCGAAAUGAAAAACAAAAUAAAGGAAGAUGAAGUCAGUCAAGAAAUUAAGAAAUGGGAAAAGACUGGAGAGGUUCCUGCUGCUGAUAUUUUAGGAAGACUUAUUUCUACACAAAAUGAGAUACCAAUACUUAAGGAACAGUUGAGCGAGAAAGAGAAACAUCUGAACGAAUUGACGCAGGAAUUUUUGGCCAGCAGACAAGUUCUGACCGAAAGUUUAAAAGAAGCUGUAAACGAAUCUAAGAAACAAUACGAUGCGAUCGAUCACGCCUUAGAGGUCUUACACAGUAUUCAAACCGUAGUUCAACAAUGCGCACCCCUAUCCAAACUGCAACGAGAUUUAGAAGAAAUAAAUUUUCAAAGUGCAUCUGCAAUGCCAUUAGUCACACCAGCAGACUGCAACGCCAACGCUGCCCGUCUAAAAGCGGUGGCCAAUAUGGAAAUAGCUCCCACUAUUAACACAACUGCCUAAAACGAUUAUCUGUCCUGUUCCCUCCCUCCAAGAACGAAUACGCCACAUUAGUGACGUCACGUUGUCGAUUUUAAGGUUAGGUCUAUCUUAAUUUCAAAUACACCGAGUUUUAUCGUAAAAAUAAUUUUAAUUAAUAUAUCUUACAAACGUUUGCAAAUUUUCAAACAUCUAAAUUAUGUAUUGAACUUCGUAUGAUAUUUUAAUUGUAUUAUUAAUUAAUUAAAAAGAAAUAUCCUAAGUAAAGAACUUGAAAAAAAAAAGAAACAAAAUGUCUAAUACUAAUUGACUUCGACUGUACGAGUGACUUUAGUUUGGAAAAUUUCUUUUGACGACUUUGGAAUCUAGGCCGCCCUAAACUGACCUUUUCUCUUCAAUGAUCAAACGAAGAACCCCAAGAGAGCCUUGUUUUCCAUUCGACUAACAAUCUCGUUUGUACAAAAAAGGAUAAUAACGUCAAUCUAAUGUCAGAUGGAUUUUGACAUUUGCUGAACGGGUGAUACUGAAUUUUGUAUGGCACGCUUGUUCCAUUCUUGCUUUGAGCUCACCCCUUUGUUAGCAAGUAUAACUAAAGCAUUGAGGGAAUACAAAAUAAAAGCAGUGAAACAAGGUACAGCAAUAAUUCAACACUAAGUAGCUGUCAAAAAUGACAGCGUGUCGUCAUCAAUAAUGUGGCGUAUCUGUGACGGAAAUAUGGCGUUUCGCGGAAAAAGCAUAAUUUUGGUUAUCUUUAAAAUAAAGACUUCUUUGAACAUGUAAUAUAUAAGUAAAAAGUGAGAUAGAAUAGAA